AUGUAUUUUGGGUCCCGGGUGAUGACCGAAAACGAUGGACGAUGCGAUGGUCAUGCGAUCGGUGAUGGGCUGGUAGUGAGUGCCGUGAAGACAAGAUUUUCUGCAGCAGAAGUAUAUGCUAGUCUUGCAAAUCAGUUUCAACAUGACAUGCAGCUUCAACAUGAUGCUCCUCUCCAAACCUUUACCGUCGAACAGACUAAGGAAGCAUUUGAUGUAGCAAGAAACAUCAUCGAGCUUCUUUUAACUGUGUUAUCCAUAUCACCACAACAAGAUACUCUUAAGGAUUAUUUUACAACCACGCUUGUCCAACAAUGUCGACAGUCCCAAUCCACUGUUCUCAGAAUCAUCGAUACUACUGCAGAAAAUGAGGCCCUGCUUUUCGAAGAUUUGAAUGUGAACGAUGAGAUCCAGAAAACUCUCUCAAAGUAUGAAGAAUUGAAGAUACCCAAGAAUGGUAAAUUAACAGAAGCUGCGGCAAAGCAGAGAUUGAUCGAAGUUCGGAUUUGGGAUGAGCAACAUGAGGCCGUUCGAGCGAUGUAUUUUGGGUCCCGGGUGGUGACCGAAAACGAUGGACGAUGCGGUGGUCACGACGAUCGGUGA